AUGCACGAUCAUCAAGAUGAAGUCAACAGACAAAGCAGUGUGACCAUCAAGACCCAGUCCAUGCUUGCGGACAUGCAAGGUGCUGGCUCGAAUGAGGACCGAUCUCCGGUCUCUGUCCAAAUAGAUCGACGGACCGCGAGCGAGGCGCAUCCGAAGAAGAAGCGAAAGCUUGUAUCUAUUGUCGACGCUCGAGACACACCUCAUAGGAAAUCAAAAGGAGGCGAUACAGACCCCACCAGUGCAGAUGACCCAGUAUCUCCGAAGCAUGACUACGAUGGCGAGCCGGAAAUGGACAGUAGUGGCGAAGCUGCACUGGAAGGCAGCAGUAUGGACCUGAGACCUUCCACAGCUGAAGAUAUGUCGAUUUCAAAUGCGGGCCCAACCAACCAGCCUAUGCCUGUCGCUGAAGCUGUUCGACACGGCUCAAACUUCAACCUGGACGACCAGUAUCAACCGCAACAGCAACACAGGCUCAAUGACCUCUCUUCCUUCCAUCCCAAUUAUAUGUUCAAUGCCAACGAGAUUAACGACGAGUACAACCUGUUCAACGACUUUCUUAGCACGAGUUUAUUUGACGAGACAGGCAUGUUCUCCACGGAAGAUAUGUCGGCAUUCAACGAUCCGUCCUUCAGGAACUCUAUGAACGUUUCUUUAACGGGGACCAAUGGUGAUCUAGUGGCCAGUGGGCAUGGGCAGCCAAAUCUGGCCAUACAAGGACCACUCAUAUCUCGCCCAGCUUCUACCAAGCCAGUUUCCGACAAAGCCAGGGAGAAGUACUAUAUGACUGCAGCCGAUCCCGCAGGUACUGAUCCUCCGGAAGAACGGAUGAACAAGCUCUUGAAAGCAAAAUACGACGCAGGUUUAUUAAAGCCUUUCAAUUAUGUCAGUGGUUAUGCUAGGCUAAACAAGUAUAUGGAGAAGAACAUGAAGCCAGCAUCUCGGCAUAAGAUCUUGAUGCAACUAGACCGGUUUCGGCCAAAAUUUCGAGAGCGCAUGCAGAGCUUGACCGAUAUCGAGCUUGUCCUGGUCGAGAUGUGGUUUGAGCGAAGCCUGAUGGAAUACGAUCGCGUCUUCGCCAGUAUGGCAAUACCGGCCUGCUGCUGGAGAAGAACAGGAGAAAUCUUCCGUGCUAACAGAGAAAUGGCUGAGCUUAUAAAUGUGCCUAUUGAAUCCCUUCGUGACGGUAAACUGGCAAUUCACGAUUUCAUUGUCGAGGACCAGCUUGUCAGCUACUGGGAGAAAUUUUGUGCCAUCUGCUUUGACCAGCAACAGAAAGCCAUGCUGACCAGCUGUACACUACGCAGUCUAAAGGCUGGCGCUGAUCACAACGAUAUUCAAUGCUGUUUCUCUUUUACCAUCAAGCGGGACAACCACAAUAUUCCUUCUCUGAUUGUGGGCAAUUUCUUGCCCGUAAAUCCUCCGAAAUCAUAG